CCUGAUACUGUCAAAUGCAAUGAAAUAGUACCCUGUUUGCGAGAACUGUUGAGAACAUGACCCGCUUGGCUAACACUGAUAAAAGUAGUUUGUGAAAGGACCUGAGAAAGACCUCAUGCGGAACACUUCACAGGCUCACCAAGACAGGCUUCAGUCCAGUUUUCCAAGUGAUAAUUCCGGGAAACCUCAGGAAGAUCCCAUCACGGGGGCGGCAGCUGGCAAGUGCGAGGUGAUGUGAGUCUACAGUGCCUCUGCUGCAGUGAAGUUCUCCAGGCUGCGAGAGGAAAAAGGUCAGACUUUUCUGGCUGUGCAAGGGGGAAGGAGAAGCGGCAGAGGUUUCGUAAUGAACACAUUGCUCCCUACCACGGAAAGAGCCGGCCCUGCUUGCUGGAGCCAGCUCGGUGGGACAGCAUAUAACAGGAGUUGGCAUCACGGGCUGCUGGGGCAUGAGGACAAUCACUACAACUGGACUGACUGUGAAGCCCAUCACUUGAGCAAAGUCCCUGUCACGCUGCUCAUCUGCCUCUGCGGGCUGGUGGGGAACGGGGCCGUCCUCUGGUUCCUCGGCUCCCGCAUCCGCGGGAACCCCAUCACCGUCUACAUCCUCAACCUGGCCGUCGCCGACUUCACCUUCCUCCUCUCCGUCGCCAUUACCCUUGUGAUAUUUUACGGCCCAGAGAGCCUUUGUCACGGGCUGAGCUCACAGGACGUGACAACUGUGAUGAAUAUCAUCAUCCUCUUCACUUUCACCGCCAGCGUCUAUCUCCUGACAGCCUUCAGUGCCACGACGUCUCUGUCCGUCCUCCCCCUGGCCCGCUGCCCCUGCCACCGCUUGCCAGUGCUCGGCUGUGCCCUGCUCUGGGCCCUCGCCCUCCUGCUUACCGUGACCCUCUACUUCUGCCCCGCGGUGCUCACUGUCUUCAUCCUGAGCUACGUCUUAUCGGUGCUUACCCUGAUUUUUUCUGGUCUAACCCUGCUUGCCAGGGUCUUGUGCUGUUCACAGCAAUAUCCUCCAAGGAAGCUCUGUGUUGUGGUCCUGCUAGCUGUCUUCUUCUUCCCUUUCUUCACUGCAGAUUUUGGUUACUGGCUCUUGCUAAGACUGUUUGAUUUUUCUGUUUUUGUCUUUGACGCCUCUCUCCUGUUUGCUUGUGUGAACAGCAGUAUCAACCCUGUUAUUUACUUCUUCGUUGGGAGCUGUGCAAAGAAGUUCACACCCUCUGUUAGGGUUGCUUUCCAAAGGGCUUUCGAAGAUGUAACAGAGCCCCAAAACAGAGGCGAACCUCCCAGAGAAAAACCAGUGGAAACAGCUGUUUAAACCUCUGCAGCCCCUCCCUGAGAGAAGAUGCUCUAGGGACGGAGGUGUCCCGUGAGACAAGGAAGAUGGUUUCGGUGCGGGUCUGGCUGCAGCUGAAUGGAAUUAGCUGCGGCACAACAAAACGUGCUGGGUGGCAUGGGAACUCCUGCCUGGGGUGGACACUGGACAGCAUGAUGAAAUGCCCAUUGAAACCUUUUGCUUUGAAACCUUUGCUUUGAAUCUGUCCUAUUCAACAGGUCUGAGCUUUCGCUGUCUCAAAAGUGAGCUUGCUUUACCCUGCGCACUAUUAAAACAGAGCCACGGAGGUUCUUAGCUCCUGCCA